GUGUGCGGCUGCCAUGUAAUAUCCUGAGAUCUCGGGCGCGCGAGCGACUGAGGCGGCGCCUGGGAGCGCGCCGAGUUUGCCAGCGGGCGGUGCGGGCGGCGCCAAUAGGGGCGGCUGAGGCACGCGAGAGGUUGGUGGCUCCGGGGAAGGCUGUGGCUUGAGCGGGGCCUGCGUUUUACUCAGUCCGGGCGGGAGGCCCGAAAGCGGGAGGCAGCAUGUCGGUGGCCGGGCUGAAGAAGCAGUUCUACAAGGCGAGCCAGCUGGUCAGCGAGAAGGUUGGAGGUGCUGAAGGGACCAAGCUGGACGAUGACUUCAAGGAGAUGGAGAAGAAGGUGGAUGUCACCAGCAAGGCCGUGGCAGAAGUGCUGGUUAGAACCAUUGAGUACCUGCAGCCCAACCCAGCCUCUCGGGCCAAGCUGACGAUGCUCAACACUGUGUCCAAGAUCCGGGGCCAGGUGAAGAACCCUGGCUACCCGCAGUCAGAGGGGCUGCUGGGCGAGUGCAUGAUCCGCCACGGGAAGGAGCUGGGCGGCGAGUCCAACUUUGGUGAUGCCCUCCUGGACGCAGGGGAGUCCAUGAAGCGCCUGGCUGAGGUGAAGGACUCCCUGGACAUUGAGGUCAAGCAGAACUUCAUCGACCCCUUACAGAACCUAUGCGACAAGGACUUGAAAGAGAUCCAGCACCACCUGAAGAAACUGGAGGGCCGCCGCCUGGAUUUUGACUACAAGAAGAAACGGCAGGGCAAGAUCCCCGAUGAGGAGCUGCGCCAGGCCCUGGAGAAGUUCGAGGAGUCUAAGGAGGUGGCGGAGACCAGCAUGCACAACCUCCUGGAGACUGAUGUGGAGCAAGUGAGCCAGCUCUCGGCCCUGGUGGACGCGCAGCUGGAUUACCACCGGCAGGCCGUGCAGAUCCUGGAGGAGUUGGCGGAGAAGCUCAAGCGCAGGGUACGGGAGGCCUCCUCACGCCCCAGGCGGGAGUACAAGCCCAAGCCCCGAGAACCCUACGACCUGGGAGAACCUGAGCAGUCCAAUGGAGGCUUCCCCUGCGCUCCAGCCCCCAAGGCCACAGCAACUUCGUCAUCUUUCCGAUCUUCUGACAAGCCCAUCCGGACGCCCAGCAGGAAUAUGCCACCCCUGGACCAGCCAAGCUGCAAGGCGCUUUACGACUUUGAGCCUGAGAAUGACGGCGAGCUGGGCUUCCAUGAGGGCGACGUCAUCACACUCACCAACCAGAUUGACGAGAACUGGUACGAGGGCAUGCUGCACGGCCAAUCAGGCUUCUUCCCCCUCAGCUACGUGGAGGUGCUUGUGCCACUCCCCCAGUGAGUCGGUGCUCCACUCAGCACUGCCCACACUAGUGCUCGUCCGUGCAGGGCUGGGCCAGGCCACACUAAGGUGCUCUCAGAAACACUAACGUUCCUCCCCACCCCACCUGGCCCCUCAUCCUGACCAGGGGCCCAGCCCCAGUCCUGCUGCCUUAAUAGGGCAGGUGGUUGAGCAGGGCCUUGGCCACCACCCUGGUGUUUAGACCCCUCCCAGCCCGUUGCUGGCGAUGGGCCAUGGCACCUUCUGGGGACUUCCCAGGCACAAAUGUCCCUUGCUCUGCCCACAUAUAACCCUUUUUCUGGGGAGUUGGAGGUCCCAACCUCCAGCCUGCCACCAGCUCCCCCUGUGGCCUGGACCAGACCACAGGGUACCACCAGCUCCCAUCCUUCUGAUGCUGCCUGGCCAGGCAUCUCUGGCACAAGCUGCCACCAUCAGCUAUGGGGACCACUGCCUGGCCUCCCUUGCCAACGUCAAGCACAAAGCUCUGAGAACAAGUAUCCCCAGUCCCCAGCCCCUCCUCCCAGAGCUGCCAUCACCCAUCACCUGGGACCAGUGGGCUGGUGGGCUUCUCGUACCUCCGGACCCCUGCUGGCUUCCGCUUCCUCUGCUCUUCCAAAGGCCAGCUGAUGGGAGGAACUCUAGGGCUGGCCAUUCACAUUCCCUCCACCGGGGACCCGCACAGACCCUGGGACCUGGGCUCUGCCCUUCCUCACACCCUCUUGUCACUGUCACAUGGGGUGCAUAACCCCAGCCUGGUUUGUAGUCCAGGGCAAAUCAAUAAUGUAUUCCUGUCUUUUUUAAAAAGUAUUAAAUGAGUCUUU